UCUUCUCUGGUAUAAAACUGAUGCUGAGAUUACUUUCAUUCACUGUUCAUCUACCAGAGCUUUAAUACAAUCCUUAGUCAACCAUGGAGAGCUUGAGCGGUGCUAACAGUGUCUUUGCACUGGAUCUGUACCGGGCCUUGAGCACUAACAGCCUGGAUGGAAACCUGUUCUUCUCUCCGCUGAGCAUCAGUGCUUCACUUAGUAUGGUUUACCUGGGAGCUCGAGGAAUUACUGCUGAAGAAAUGGCCAAGGUCAUGUCCUUCAGUUCAGUCCCUGAUGUCCAUGAUCAAUUCAGCACCCUCAACUCUGCAAUCAACAGCCCUAAAGCCUCGUACAUCCUCAGACUGGCCAACAGACUCUAUGGAGAAAAGACUUUCAAUUUCCUACCUGUAAGCCACCACAAAUCACAUUUAAACUCCACUCAGAAGUUGUACCAAGCUGAGAUGCAGGCUGUAGACUUCAUUGGAGCAUCAGAGGAAACUCGGCAGCUCAUUAACCACUGGGUGGAGGAGAAGACUGAGAAUAAAAUUAAAGACCUUGUGAAGCCGGGUAUGGUUAAUGCAUCAACUCAGCUUGCCCUGGUAAACGCCAUUUACUUCAAGGGAAGGUGGAGGAGUAUAUUUAAAGCUGUGGACACCAAAGAAAUGCCCUUUAAGAUAAACAGGAAUGAAACAAAACCAGUUCAGAUGAUGUACCAGAAAGAAAGAUUCCCCUACAACUACAUUGAUGAGUACAAACUGCAUGUUUUGGAGUUACCGUAUGUGGAGGAUGAGCUUAGCAUGCUGGUGCUUCUGCCUGAUGAGUCUCAGGAUGGCUCGGACCUACUACAGAAGUUGGAAAGUGAGCUGACGAUGGACAAGCUGCUUGAGUGGACCAGGCGGGAGAAAAUGGACACACAGACUGACAUCAAUGUCCACCUGCCAAAGUUCAAGUUGGAAGAGCAGUACUCUUUGCAUGACACGCUGGCUAAGAUGGGCAUGAGUUCUUUAUUUCAGGCUGCAGAUCUGUCUGGAAUAAGUAGGGAUGAACGCCUUUGUGUGUCAUCAGUAGCCCACAAAGCCUUUGUGGAGGUGAAUGAGACGGGUACAGAGGCAGCAGCAGCCACAUUCGUUGUAUACAGGACCUCGUGCUGGAGACCUGUAAAGUACUUUAUAGCAGACCACCCCUUCCUGUUCUGCAUCAGACACAACCCCACUAACAGCAUCCUCUUCCUCGGCCGGUUCAGAGGUCCUUGCUAGAGAUUUAGAGUCACUGAAUGCUUGUAAAAUUAUUUUAUUAAUAAAAUAUAAUACUUACAACAACUUUUAAGAAUACUUUGAACAGUUUGAUUUGUAGAGUUGGAUGAAGUGCUUAUUAAAAAUUCUUUUGUUUGAG